AUGAAGACGAACAAGGAGACCAGGAGCAGCAAUCCAUCAUGGGAAGACCUAAACUUCUCCAUAUUAUCUCUAAUAUUUUCAUGUCUAAGCCUCCAUGAACAAUUAUUUCUUCUUCCUCGUGUAUGUCAUGCGUGGCUUUCAGUAACCUUGGAUACCCUCUUCAAAAACUCCAUACUUGACCUUCGUUUGCUCGACAAGCUCGACGAAGAAGAACAACAGUUGAGAUUCACCCAUCUUCUCAGACUGGCCAUCAAUCGGUUCAACGGCUGGGUGUCUAUAUAUUUCCCACGUAAAUAUAUCUUUGGCUACUUCGCUACCAUUUACAUAGCUGAAAAAACGCCUAAUGUUUCAUGUGUUGUUCUGCCUUGUGAUACAAUUUAUAGGGUUUCACCAAUAUACAUACCCCUGUUAUAUUGGAAGCAGCUUAAGGUUUUUCAUGCUAGAUUAUCCCCUGAUAAAGGGUUGCAUUUGCACAUCAUAUCGCAAUUGGUUUUUUGCUGCAACAACAUCGGUGAGCUUGGAUUUCAUGGGAAGAUUACUGAGAAAGAAGCGUUGGCUAUUGUAGAAGGCUUCCCUAAACUUAGGAUUUUAGACUUUUCUGACUCUACCUUGUCAAGCAAGGCUUUGUUUAUGGUCUUAGAUGGGAAAUUGAAAUAUCUUUAUGAGCUAAAUGUAUUGCAUUGCUUAAUUGAGGAUGAUGAUGGGAAAGACAUAGGUGCCGACAUGGAUAGAUUGAGGGAUUUCAAGAAAGAGAUGUUGGAAAAGGCUUGUACUUUUAGGAGUCUCAGGAAGUUCAUGCAUUGUUUCGGAAAGUCUUGUGAGCACUGCAAGGACAAGUCUUAG